UGCUGGUAUAGUGUCACGUUAUAUCUAAUUGAAUAAUCAAUUGUGAAAAAACUUGUCUAUAAAACCAGCUUGCAUAGACAGCAUUAUGGCAAAAGAAUCGACACGGAAGGACAAAAAGCAUGAAUUUCCUCACAACAAUAGUGCUGGCUUUGGUGAUUUCAAUCGCAAGAUCACAAACUGUUUGUACCGGUCCGGAUGGGGAUCACCCUAUAGACGAUGUAUGGACGGAAACUAAGAAUCCACCUGGCAUUGAUGGAACGUGUCACUGUGAUGAAUACAAAGACCACUGGAUAAACCUUGGGGAUUGCCCUGGGCCCGCUAUUCAAUGUGACGCUGCUACCAAAUAUUGCGUUUGGAAAGGUUGUAAGAAAUUUGACGAAAGUACAGAACAAAAUGUGUACUACAAACCAGGUUAUGUUGAUAUCGUUGGUAUAUCUACGUGUACAUGUAAGAGCGUAAAUGACAUCGGAGGUCCUCCAGCGAACCAAGAUGCAUUGUAUCCGGAAGAGUACGACUGGCACUGUGUAAUUAGUGGAGGUCCCCCACCACCACCCCUAUAGAUAUAUUUCGAUGUCAUUUUUGUCGAAAAAUAUAGUUAAGACAUAUAUCUUGUCUAAUAGCAUA